ACUGGAUGAUCAUAUAUCAAAACUCAAUCAAAAAUUUCGUUCUAAAUUUGUUAUUAAACGUACAAUGUACGACGAAGUAGUAUUAGCAUUGCAAGAUGGAUGGGGUAGUGCACAGUUUAAAUUUUGGCCAAGAAGUAUUUUAAGUUAG